UACCUUUUUCCAGCGGGCCACAGUGCAUGGAUGUUGUUGUCUUUAUAUCCAGUGCUGCUAAACCCUUCAGCAAGGGACCACAAGUUUUGGAUUUCCAUGAAAGCUCUUUGGCGGGAACUGCAAGCAGGAUGAUUUCAAAUUUACACACAAGAUGUUGCGGCAGAAGAAACUAAUGCAAGCUUGUUUCUACAGAGAAGAUAGGAGAAAAAGGAAGAGUUUGAGGAUUUUAAGGAGAUGGGUUUCAAAAAUAUUUUGGUUGCUGCAGCGAUGCCAGUUCUGAAACUUCUUAUAGUUACCAGUGCUGGAUCAUUUCUCGCAACAAAUCGUGUUGGUAUCUUAUGUGAAGAUGCUCUGAAGCAUUUGAACAAUGUGGUGUUUUAUCUAUUCGACCCGGCAUUUGUGUACAUCAACCUAGCUAAAACGAUCACAUUAAAAAGCGUGGUUUCAUUGUGGUUCAUGCCAUUAAAUAUCCUUCUUACUUUCAUAAUUGGCACGAUACUUGGGUGGGUCGUCAUCCAAAUUAUGAAACCUCCUUCCCAUUUGAGGGGCCUCAUUUUGGGUUGUUGUGCUGGCGGAAAUCUGGGCAAUAUGCUAAUUAUUAUAGUCCCGGCAAUCUGUAAAGAGAAAGGUGGUCCAUUUGGAGCUGAAGAUGUCUGCAAUAGAUAUGGACUUGCAUACGCUUCACUGUCUAUGGCUGUAGCAUCCAUCUUUUUGUGGUCGUAUGUCUACAAUAUCAUACGAAUAUCUUCAAGUAGAAAAAAUAAAAGUAUAGUGAUCGAUGCCCCAACUAGCACAAGUCUGCCUGAAGAAACUUCAAAGACACUCCCAGGGGAGCAAAUUUCAAUGCAGGAUUCCACAGUGCAUGAGGAUGUAGAAGAUCGACAUGAACCGUCUUCUACUAAAACCGAGGAAUUAAAGGGAAAACCAGAGGUGCAAACUCCAUCUAAGCUUAAGCAAGCCUUAAAGACGAUUUCAGGAAAAGUAGACGUGAAGAAGUUGUUGGCACCUUCGACCAUCGCUGUGAUUAUUGGGUUUGCUGUUGGAAUAAUAGCUCCAUUCAGAAAGGCACUCGUUGGUGAAAGUGCUCCUCUUCGCGCAAUACAAUCCUCUAUUGCAUUGUUGGGGGAUGGAGAUAUCCCAACUACCACCCUUAUAAUGGGAGGAAAUCUUACAAAGGGAAUACACAGGUCAGAAAUCCGAGUCUCAAUCCUCGUUGCAAUUAUUGUUGUUCGUUACAUCGCCUUGCCCUUUUUGGGUGUACUCGUAGUUAAAGGGGCAAUUCAUUUUGGUUUGGUGCACAAAGACCCUUUAUAUCAGUUCAUUCUUCUGCUGCAAUUUACAGUUCCACCUGCAGUGACCAUAGGUAUAAUGACCCAAUUGUUUGGAGCGGGCGAAAGUGAAUGCGCUGUGAUUUUUCUGGUGACCUAUGCACUGGCUAUAGUAUCACUCACACUUUGGUCUGCCUUCUUCAUAUGGCUUGUGACUUGAUUAUGCUGCAUAGGUUCGUGCUAGCUAAACAUUGUCGCAUCGUGCCACUGCAUGGUUGUUGGCAUUUCAUCAAUUUGUACACUGAUCAUCUAAACUAUGAUCCCAUGGUGUAUGACUCAUGAUAAGAUAUAAUGCAUCUCCAACUUUGGUAAUUGGCAUCCGAGCAUGAAAGAAACAAGAUCAUUGAAAAGUGAAUUGUGGCCAACAAAAACAAUAAGGUGCCUUUGCAUUUGGUUAUUGGAAAAUUAUAAUACCCUUUAUUUGCAAGGCUAAGAGUGACUAUCUGAGGCCUCUCUUUAAUGUCAAAUGGUGAAGACUUACCUAUGUAUCUCAAACAUGAAAUUCUAACACCCUUUACUUGCAAGAGACUAGGAGUGAAUAUCUUAGCUUUUGUCAACGGAGCUUGCUUGGUUAUUCAGAAAUUUUAAUACCCUUUAUUUGCAAGAUUAGGAAUGAAUAUAUCAUCUUAGCUUUGUCGUCAGAGCUUGCUAGAACCUUUUGUUACCAGUUAUUUCCUGAAAUUUAUGAACAAGUGAGUGAUAUCUCUC